AUGCCGCUGUGGUUAGACAAAACUCAAUACACGCGCGUAGCCAACGAGGACGCUGAAGUAGCCAACGAGGACGCUGAAUCUUCAUCGAGAGAAUCUCUAUCAUUUCGUGGGGCAUCUUCCUUCAGACAGAAUAUUGGAAGCAUCCGCUUUCUCUGGGUUCACGGAGUCCUCGGAGUAUUCUGGAUAAUCGCAUUCUCUUCACUGCUCUAUCUGAGAAGUAGACCACAUGCAGACAUCCUAAGCUAUCCAGACCUCACAAGCCCUCUAUACCCAGCCCUUUCAUACACCGACACACGCUUCACAUCAGGCUUCACGCCCAACCUGUCAGCAUACCAAGGCAAACCCAACGAAACCAACAAUGCGCACUGGGAUGCGCUAACACACCCCGGCAUGGUCGCCCUAACGGAACAAGAACAUGCCAAACUCCCCUCCAAGAGCUCCCUCUUCAUCGAUGAGAAUACCCAGGAAUCAGAUCCUCCGCUAUAUGUCGGCGCAGUAGAAGUUUUUCAUCAGCUGCAUUGUUUGGAUAUGCUUCGCAUGCAAGCGUACGGUGUCUUGAAGGAUUGGUAUGAUGUGCACAGUCCGGCCAAUGAGCACACGAUUCCGGCGCAUCUUGAGCAUUGUAUUGACUAUAUUCGUCAAUCGAUGAUGUGUAGGCCGAGCCUUGACAUUUUGCCUUUCAGAACAGACUCUGGGGGCCUCUUGCGGCCUGUGUUUAAUGGGACCAGAACAUGCGCAAACUUUGACAAAGUCCGAGACUGGGCUAUCAAAAGAAAGGCGGGCAAUUUGUCACCCCAGUGA